AUGAUUCGUCGUGAGAAUCGCCUCCGACGCGAGUACAUCUUCCGGAAAUCGCUCGAGGAGAAGCAGAAAACUCUCGAGGAGAAAAGAGAGAAGAUUCGUGACGCUUUGGAGAAUAAUACAAAAAUCGAUUAUAAUCUUCGAAAAGAUGCGAUCGAGUUGGCGAAAGGCUCGGAUUGGGGCGGACAACAAUACGAAGUGGACAGUGAAUAUCGAUGGGCUGGGUCUCAAGAUCCGAAAAUUGUGAUCACAACGAGUCGUGAUCCGUCAUCUCGGCUAAAAAUGUUCGCGAAAGAAAUGAAAUUGAUUUUCCCGAACGCUCAACGCAUCAAUCGUGGACAUUAUGAUGUGAAACAAGUCGUUCAGGCUUGUAAAGCUCAAGAUUCAACAGAUCUCAUCAUCUUCACCGAAACCCGGGGAAACCCUGACGGAAUGCUCGUCUGUCACCUUCCAUUCGGUCCGACAGCGUUCUUCUCAAUGGCCAAUGUAGUAAUGAGACACGAUAUUCCGAAUUGUGGAACAAUGAGUGAACAAUAUCCACAUCUGAUUUUCGACAAUCUGAACAGUCGACUCGGUCAACGAUUCACCACAAUUCUGAAACAUUUGUUCCCGGUGCCGAAGCCUGACUCGAAACGUGUCAUCACUUUUUCGAAUACAGACGAUUUCGUCAGUUUCAGACAUCACACUUAUAAGGAGACCGAGGGAGAGAUUGAGAUGACUGAGGCGGGACCCAGAUUCGAGUUGAAACCAUACCAAAUCAAGCUGGGAACACUGGAGAAUCUGGCGGCUGCCGAGGACGAAUGGGUGCUCAGAUCGUACACGAAUACCGCCCGUAAACGCACAUUCCUCAGUGUCGCGAGGGACGAUGAUGCGACGGCGGAAUAA